AUGGCAUUAUAUUUUCUAUCGCCGGCCGUUGCUGCACUGGCACUGUUCGUCAUUGGCGUCAUCAUCGUCAUGUUGCGUUGGGGUCCGCGACUCUGCGGACUGCGCCAUCAUGCGCUACCAGACAACCAUGAUUUGCGAGAAAGGACCUACGAGCAUGAGAUUAGCUAUGCCUAGUCUACUGCCCUAACAAAAUGCCAGCACAGCAAUGCAGCGAAUUAUUUUUUAUAAACAUUUCCGUCAACAAACUAACCAUAAUAAUAAGCAUAUAUUUGGAUUCCCAUACUAACAAACUAUAUUCUAUACAUAUAAUUCAAUUCGUCCAUCUAUUUAAUCAUGUAGUACAAAGUGCCGAAAACAUUUAGUUAUUGAUUAUUAUUGCAUAUCAUACCUUGACAGAGCGAAAACAAUUUAAUCUGUGCCUUUUUAGAUCGAAGCUCAUUAAGAAACAUAUUCCGUCCAAGUGUCUUCUAGCAUAAGCAUUUUACAAUAAUCGACAAAUACCCUUUUGGUAAACGUCGUGAGCAGAAACCCUAAAUGAAAUAGUUAUUACAAAUAUAUUUAUAUUUUGCGAGCCCAAUAAACUAAUUUUGUAACUAUGCAAACUCUAUACACUUGUAUUUUUAAAAACUUGUAUAUCAUUUUGUCCAAUAAAAACACGUUUUAAAUAAACAUA